AUGCGACUCAGUGGUUUGUUUCUUUUAAUUCCAUGCAUUAUUCUUUUACCAAUUUUUCUGUAUCAAACUACAAAUGGCGGAAAAUUGGCCGGACAGCUGCAAGCGUACACAAAAGUGAAUUGUUUCGAUCUUCUUCAAUCACUGAAUACGCUGAUUCCGAUUAUAAUCAUUGAUGAAAUUAUAUUGGAGCAAAUUGAAGCCAACAAUUGUUUGGAAGCGAAUACACAAAAAAUCAAGAUUGGUGUUGAUAUUUCAUUCAUUUCGAGUUCGUAUUUAACAAACGAUCCGAGAUUCGAAGUUUUCUAUUUCAAAAAUGAUUCGAGCAAAGAUUACGUUGCUUUUGAAACAGAACCGAAACGAAUUAUACCAAAAUUAAAUAAUCUUAAACGAUAUUUCAAUGUUUAUUAUCCUUCUGAUACCACUCGAUUUUUGGAAUAUUGGAAACGAUCCAAGUUUAUUGAUUGUCUUAAUUUAUUUAUUCCGAGAAACACAACGAAUUAUUGGAAAGGAUCGCCAGCUGCGACGAGAUCAUUGGCAGUUCUACGAGAUUUGCUUUUGGAUUAUAAUAUGUUCGCAUUUCUAAACGGCGGCACCUUAUUGGGUUGGUAUCGCGAAUGCACUAUCAUUCCGCAUACGCACGACAUGGAUCUCGCUGUAUUCGCCGAACAAUAUAACGACAAUUUCACUCAGCAUUUGAUAAACGGCACUCUUCCGUUUAAAAUAAAACGAAAAUUUGGAAAACCGGACGAUUCCCAAGAAAUGACUGUUCAACGAAAGCAAGGAUCAACAAUGCUCAUCGAUAUAUUUUUUAUGUAUUCGGAAAAAAAUGAGAACGGUACAUUUAGUUAUGUUGGAGGACAUGCUCCGGAUGGUUCGAAGUUCAAGUACACCUACCCUCCGUACAAUCCGUAUUGCGCCGCUGACCUUCAUGGCCACAUUUUCUGGAUAACGUGCACACCAUUGGAAAUGCUCAAGCAUGAAUAUGGAAAAUUGUGGUAUAUGGACCAUCCAACCUCAAAAUAUUCGUGGUCUUCUUCGAGUUUCAACGUUAAAAGAAAUGGCAAAUGGAAAAAAGAAGAAAUGAAAGACGUUUAUAUCAUUUUCUAG